AUGGUAAUCGAUGUCGUCGAUUCGUGUUCCACUACUCCUCACCUAUUGUCGGGCACUGGUCUAUUUUGUUAUUCAUCUUCUCAAUCCUCUAAAAUCGAUAUCCACAUUUUCAGAGGCAGAUUCCCAGAGACACAAGAUCAUGUCGCUAACUCUGCUCUAGAUGACCAAAUCGCACUCGGCGUUCUCGACACGUUACCUCCAUUACUCCACGUUCUCCGCUCCGGCUCUGACAGUCCCCGCCAUGACUCUGCCUUAGCUCUUUGCCCCUUAUCUCUCGUUCAAAGAAAUCGCUCAAGUGUUUCAACAUGGUGA